UAUAACAUGAUGUUGGAACUUUUAUGAUAAUUUUGAGAAAUGCAGAAACUACGAAUAUUAUUUCUGCUUAAAGUUUUAAAGUUUUAAAAUUUUAUCAAAAAGGUCGAUAUUCUUGAUAUUAUUACAAUCAAGUUUAGGUCGUUACCCUGCAGCUGAAACACAAAUUCAAAAAAGCUAAGAGUUUUAGUUAAGCAAAAGCCUCUUGGUGACUGCCAUAUGCGUUUUCACAAGUUACGGCCCGAUGUCCCUGUGAGGCCAGCAUCUGGGCAUCCGGCUCGUCUCAAGGAGUUUGCUCACAUUGGAGCGAUUGGUUGGACACAACCGAAUGGCAACAUUUCUUGGAAAUGUGGCGGUACGUUAAUUUGGUUCAAUUUUGUCCUCACGGCUGCACACUGUGCCAUCGAUCCUGACAACCGAGCGCCGGACGUCGUCAGAUUUGGAGAUUUGAACAUCCUAACAGCAGAGGGAGACAAAUAUGCGCAGCAAUUGAAAAUUGCUGCGAUUUUUAGACACCCGCUACAUCGAUUUACAGCAUAUUAUCACGAUAUUGCUCUGUUAAAAUUAGAGCGACAUGUCUCAUUUAGUGAGGUUGUAUUUCCUGCGUGUCUAUGGAUGGAUGAGGAAGUAAGAUUUGAUAUUUUGGAAGCCGCUGGUUGGGGCAGAACUGGAUAUGCCCAAGAACAAACACCUAUACUAUUAAAAGUAGCCCUAAAACCAAUUGAGAAUGAGGAAUGUAGCAAAGUAUACAGUAAUGGGACAGAUCGUAUGCUUCGUCUUGGACUUCAACAGCACCAGAUGUGUGCGGUUGAUGAAAAAAUGGACACCUGUGAGGGUGAUUCCGGAGGUCCUCUACAAAUAAAGUUACUGCAUAACACCAGAGUAACUCCUUUCGUUGUUGGAAUAACUUCUUUUGGGUCAGCUUGUGGAACGUCCGCCCCUGGUGUUUACACCAAGGUUGCUCCGUAUCGUGACUGGAUAGUCGAAACGAUGCAGAAAAACGGUGCAAUGGUUUCAAAUGAUACAUUCAACGCAACAACAUGUGCCAUCUAUUUUGUGUAUUUUCGUGAAUAUGAGGAUGCCAUAAUUACCUAUCGCACACCCGAGUUUGUUGGCGUGGAUUCCAGUAAAAGACACAUGUUUUUGGCCGAAGGACUGCCAUCGUAUAUUGUGCAGUUAGCAUGGGAUAGAGAAACAAACGAUUGUUUUGGAGUAAUAAUUGAUGAGAACACAGUACUGACUAUUGCACAAUGUGUGACGAAGAACAGAAAGUAUGUUUCUCAUGUUAUAUAUUCGAGUAACAAUACGAUGAAAAUUUCUAAAAUACACAUUCAUCCAAAGUACAAACAAGGAAGCAGCUAUAAUAAUAUAGCCAUUUUACGUUUGCAACAUUUGCUCAACAUGAAGAACAUCGAGCCGGCAUGUAUAUGGCAUGGGGAGCUUCCACAAAAGGAAGUAUAUGUCCACGGGUCGGGGCGAACCGACAUUAAUACUAUGCUACCGUUUGGAUCUUAUAUUUCAUCUUCAGAUCCAUCGAUAUCCUCCCUCACACCACGGGUUCGUCUCCAGAAUGCCUCAUCUUGCAUUGUGCCAAAACGUUAUCAGUCGCUGUUGAGUAGUGGAGUAACUAAUGAACAUAUUUGCAAUGGACAAAAUUUGUUCCUUGUGCCGGAAUCCUGUGAGCUUCGGACUGGUGCUGCAGUUCACGAUGUCAUAAAACGAGCUGGCGCUGACUAUCCCAUGGUCUAUGGAUUGAAUUAUAUUGGCAGAGAUUGUGGUUUUGGUGAACACUCGAUAGCGAUUGGUACAGCUAGUCACAUAGCGUGGAUGAAAACUGUUCUUCUUUCAAACCAUGACAAAUCUCACGGCAUAGUGCAUUUCGUCGAUAGAGAUCUACAAGAGGGAGAUGCUUGUGAUAGAUAUGAUAGGCGCGCAGCACAAUGCGUUCCAGUUUCGAAGUGUCCGAGAGAAUGGAAACAGUUUCUGUUGCAUGGAACAAUCGAGUUGUGUUCAACAAGUUCUUCAGUUUGUUGUCCUUUGAAUGAUAUUGCGGAUACUGAGAAUAGUGUGAUCCAUCCUCAGUUUGCGGGAUGCCCAAGUUUGGUGGAAGGUCUGAAACCAACAUCCUCAUUAGGAUCACUCGUUUUCAUUGCUUGUCAAUCACCCAACGGUCUGAACUUUAGAUGUCUUGGUACAAUUAUAACGGAAAGAAUCAUACUCACUUCAGCUAGUUGUGUUGAGGAUGACAUACCGUCCAUUGUGAAACUGGUGACAAACACUACCCAAAAGAUGUAUCCGGUGAACGCCAUACUUGUUCAUAAUGCUUUCAAUUCCACCGACAACACUAAUGAUAUUGCAAUGAUUCGAUUGGAAGAUUCGCUCACCUGGAGUUCGGAUCUAUAUCCAGCUUGUUUGUGGACAAAUACUACACAUGUGCCACUGGUGUUGUCAAUGGUUUCUCCCGUCAAAUCCAAUAACAUAACGAAAACCGAAGUGCUAGCGAUGUACAAUUCCGAUUGCCAGAGAAAUCAUGAUUAUGAGUUAAAGGGUACUCAGCUUUGCGCAAGAGAUCCGUUUAGGAAUUUGACCUGUACUACGAUGAGUGAUCAACUACACUAUGGGAGCAAGAACGGUGUUACCUAUAUUGUAGGAUUAUCAACAAUUCUCAAUAACUGUGAAAGUUCACCACACACGGUGUUCACAAGGGUAUCCAGUUUCGUGGACUGGAUCGGAAUAAAUAUAUAAAUUUUAGCAAAAAAUCUUUUGCUUUUUGCAUUAUAUGUAAUGUGAAAAUAA